AUGCCAAUGCCGUUCGUCAAAACCAAGGAAAUCCAUGACCAAGCCUGCCAAUACGCCCAUUUCUUCUUAUCACAGGGCGUGAAGAAAGGUGACCUCGUUGCCCUUUACCUCCAGAACAGCAACGAGUACAUUUUCGCAUGGAUCGGCCUCUGGAGCAUUGGCUGUGCCCCGGCCGCGAUCAAUUACAAUCUCACUGGCGACGCAUUGCUGCACUGUCUGAAGAUCAGUGGCGCGAAUAUUCUGCUCGUCGACGAAGAUGCCGACUGUCGUGCCCGCGUCGAUGAAAGCAACGACGCUAUUACACACAAUCUGGGAAUGAAGUCGAUGACCCUGGACAGCUCGCUAAAGGCGCAUAUCAACACUUUCCCAAUAACCCUCCCACCCAAGGAACUGAGCAAACAUGUGACCAGCGACUUCCCAGCGAUCCUCCUACACACCUCCGGCACCACGGGUAUGCCCAAGGGCUGUGCGUUCACAAUGUCCAGACUAUAUACCACUCUCUUCAUCCGACGUGCCCUGAUGGGAGACACGCCCGGCCCAGACGGCGAUCGCUGA